AAAAAACAACAACAACAAACAAUUGAGGUGUAGGCGGUGUUUCUGUUUGUCGUUUUCACGUUUUCAUACCUUUUAUAUGUACGUGCAUUUCGUAUCCAAAGCGAUUUUAUGACUGGCCUAUGAUAAGAGGAACGCUCAUUUGUUUUUGCAUGACACAUGCACGAACAGCAAUUAGAACAACAACGUAAUCUCUAUACGAUUUCCAUUGAUUUUUCGCAGAAAAGUUGGAGCAUUACUAACUCGAACAAAAAUGGUGGCUAUACAAUUGAUCAACGAAAUUGGUGGCAUCUUUCGCAAUACGCCUACUUUUGCUUUGGUUUUGGAAAGUUUUCUUCUCGUCACCGUCGUAUGGCUACUUUUGCACAAACGUGGUGGUGGACGUCGCCGAUUCACCAAGGAACAGGAGGACUAUCUAAUUGAGAAAUAUGAGCCAGAAGUGUUGGUACCUGACACAGAUCCCGAGCACCCAUUGCUUCACAAUCAUGUGGUGCAAUCUGUGGCCGGCAAGCACAUUAAAGUCGAUGGGCAUGAGUGCCUCAACUUGGGAUCGCACAACUAUUUGGGAUUCUUGGAAGAUGAAGAGAUUAUAGAUGAGGCUUGCAAGUCGCUGCGCAAAUAUGGUGUAGGAUCAUGUGGUCCACGUGGAUUUUAUGGCACAAUGGAUGUUCAUUUGGAUUUGGAAGAUCGUUUGGCCAAGUUUAUGGGCUUGGAGGAAGCUAUUGUGUACUCGUAUGGCUUCUCCACAGUGGCCAGUGCCAUUCCCGCCUACGCCAAACGUGGUGACCUAAUCUUUGUUGAUGAAGCUGUGAACUUUGCCAUACAAAAGGGUUUGGAUGCCUCUCGUAGUACAAUUGUGUUCUACAAGCACAACAAUGUCAAGGACUUGGAGCGUCUGCUGACGGAGCAGGAAGCACGCGAUAAAAAGAAUCCGAAAAAAGCCCUUAAGACUCGCCGCUUUUUGGUUGCUGAGGGUAUCUACAUGAAUACUGGAGAGAUUUGUCCACUUCCCGAACUAGUAGCCCUACGCAACAAAUACAAACUGCGUAUUUUCCUGGAUGAAAGCAUCUCGUUUGGAACUCUGGGCAAAGGAGGUCGUGGUGUAACAGAACACUUUAAUAUUAGUCGGGAUGAAAUCGACUUGAUAUCUUCUGGCAUGGAGGGUUCAAUGGCCACCAUUGGUGGUUUCUGCGUGGGCUCGCAUUUUAUUGCCGAGCAUCAACGUCUCUCUGGUCUGGGCUAUAUAUUUUCGGCUUCGCUUCCUCCCAUGCUUACCCAGGCAGCGAUUUCAGCCCUUGAUCGCUUUGAACGCAAUCCUCAAAUCUUUGAGCAGCUUCAAACCAAAUCAAAACUGUUGCAUCAGCAAUUUUCCAAAUUCACCAAGUUGCGCCUUUCUGGCAACGAACUGUCCCCCGUAAAACAUUUGUUCUUGGCCCAGUCAAGUGAUAAAUUCGAUACGGAACAAAAACUCCUUGCCGAGGUGUCCAAUAAGUGCAUUGCUCGUGGUGUGGCUGUUGUGCAAGCUGCCUAUUUACAGAAUAGAGAGCGUAAGCCGGUGCGUCCGAGUCUCAGGAUUGCCAUCAAUCGUCAUUUGGAUGAAGCUGACAUUGCCACGGCUUUCGAGAUUAUCGAAAGUGUUUCCAGUGCAGUUCUUUAAGCUACAUUGACAUUGUCCUUUGUUUAUUAGUCUUAAGUUGACGUAUGUACAAGUACAGUAUGAAAAUAUUGUAAUUAAACUAUAAAUAACCUGUUACCUAGCUAGCAAUCGCAUAUGGGUUCAUUAAGACCAAACAUUGCCUUAUAGUUUUCAAUAAAAUUUUAAAACAUAAUAAUUAAGAUAA